CCAUUUGUUUACGGGAAUUGCGGGGAAUCCCCUGACCAAAUGGACAUGAUCACAUGAUCAAUGAUGCGAUUCCUGAGCGAAUAUAUAGCGGACAUAAUCGGCGUUUGCCAUGCCAUAGCUAGCUUGACGGGAAUUCGAAGGCGCGGCCGUGGCCGCGCCCCGGGAGCAUGCCAGAGAGCUUCGGCCAGGCCCGCAAAGCGGAGCUCCCUGGGCCUGGGUGAGGUUGGGCGCUGGCAGCGUUGUCAAUUGUCCGUUGAUCCCGGGCCGAAGCUGAACUGAAAACCCAUGCAUUGUGUGAGAUCUUGGUGGAUAUGGCAUGUUGCAGACACUCUUCUUCUUGAUUCUUGGGGUACCGUACGGUACUGCAGUCAAACUGAGUCUCAACAAGUGGGAUAUCCGGAUACCUCGGCUCUAUGCUGGAGCCGUGUGUGGCUAUUUGUAGUUGUAUUUGCCCGCGGCCCCUGCUGGAUGAAAGUGGUCAACGUAUCGUCUUCUUAUAAGUUAUAUAGACUGUAGACAUCUCAAUUUCACGUGUGUCUAUUGAAUCCAGACAUGAAUUCAUCAGAUGACAAACAAGAUGAUGCACUGUCUGGAUGUCCAGCAGAAACUGAACUAGCUGGUAGAUCUUCCAUGUGUGAAGGCUGUCCUGGACAGGCAUUAUGUCAACAGCAAAGUGGUGUGGACCCUGACCAAGAAUUCAUUGAUAUUAGGAUGAAUGCAAUUCUACAUAAGAUAAUUGUUGUUUCAGGGAAAGGAGGUGUCGGGAAGUCUACAUUGGCAGCAUCAUUGGCCCUUGCUCUAGCUCAGCAGAAGAAAAGAGUUGGUAUUCUAGAUGUGGACAUCUGUGGUCCAAGCAUUUCACAACUCAUGUCAGUUCAAGGUCAAAAGGUCAUCAAUACGCAGUGGGGAUGGAAACCUUUACAGUCUAAGCAUGGCAAAAUUAAAGUGAUGUCUGUAGCAUCUCUAUUGGACCAAGCUGAAAGUGCUGUAGUGUGGAGAGGGCCAAGAAAGACUCAACUUAUCAAACAAUUCCUUAAGAACACCUUCUGGGGAAAGCUUGACUACCUUAUCAUAGAUACUCCACCUGGUACUAGCGAUGAGCACCUGACAGUCUUAAAGGUUCUGAAGAAUACCAGACCUGAUGGAGCAGUCAUAGUCACCACUCCACAGACAGUUGCCAUGGACACAAUACGCAAAGAGAUUGAUUUUUGCAAUAAGAUGAAGCUACCGAUCUUAGGAUUGGUGGAAAAUAUGAGUGGAUUUGUGUGUCCAUGCUGUCAGGUAUGGUGGUUUUGUGUUCCCCUGUUACCAGAUGGAAAAUGUGAGGGGUUUUGUGUGCUCUUGUUUUGAUAAAAAUAAAUAAGCCUGUAUUCUCAUAAGAUGUUUCCUUUUUC